AUGGGCAAGGAAGCUUCUUUCGCUCCCGGUGACUCCGCCAAGGGUGCCAAGCUUUUCCAGACUCGUUGUGCUCAGUGCCACAGCGUCGAGGCCGAGGGUGCCAACAAGGUCGGCCCCAAGCUCCACGGUCUCUUCGGCCGCCAGUCCGGCCAGGUCGAUGGCUACUCCUACACCGAUGCCAACAAGCAGGCUGGUGUUCACUGGAACGAGGACACUCUGUUCAAGUACCUCGAGAACCCCAAGAAGUUCAUUCCCGGUACCAAGAUGGCCUUCGGUGGCCUGAAGAAGGGCAAGGAACGCAACGACCUCAUCACUUACCUCAAGGAGUCCACCGCAUAA